AUGGCAAAGGAAGAAUUCGAUGCUCACGGACUGUCGGAAAUUAUUUCCGUUUCUCAACGCGACGUCUGUACGGACGGAUUCGACGUAUUAGAAAAGGCCGAUGCGGUGUUUUUGGAUCUGCCGAGACCCUGGGAAGCCAUGACGUCCUUGCGGAACAUAAUGAAAUCGAGCGAAUUUGCACCGAAAAAAGAUUUGGGAAUUUGUCAUUUGGCAGAUGGAUUAUGUCAACAAAUAACAAAUAAUGGAGAUGGAUUAAAAACUUUAGUACUUUGGAAUAAUCACAUAACUCAAAUUGGAAUGCAGCAUAUCAAUCGUAUAUUGCUAACAACAAGAAGCUUGACCACACUUAAUGUAGGACAAAAUAACAUUGGUAAUGAAGGAAUACAUCAAAUAAAACAAGGAUUAAUUCAUAGUCAGACAUUGAAACAUCUUGGAAUUCAAUGCUGUAAAAUAACUUGUGAAGGUGCUGUUGCAUUAGCUGAAUAUAUAGCAGACAAUCAACAUGUGAAUCAUAUUGAUUUAAGGGAGAACAAUGUACAAAUUGCUGGAUUGAUGGCUUUGGCAUUAUCUUUGAAACAUAAUCACAGUGUUACUCGUCUAGAUAUGGAUCCAUGUGAAGAGAAAACUUCUAAAGCUCCGGAUGGUGUACAGGACAACCAGAAAUUAUUAAACGAGAUAACCGGAUACUGUAAGAGAAACAAAGCGGAACAAGAAGAACUGUCGGAGAUAAACAGAUAUAACAAGUACGACUAUUACGAAAACGAAGACGCCAUCAUUAUACCUAAGAACAAUAAGAACAAAUGCGGUUUGGUAGAAAUCAUUCCAUCCGAUCAGAACAAUGCAGUUUCUCAACCCAUUCAAAUCAAUAGCAAGUCUCCCGCUCGUGAAAAUCAACCUUCUCCCAUGGGAAGUCCGAGUCCGGGAUCUCGUUUUCGAGUCAGCAGGGUGUAUCUGGACGAGGAGGCAGAUAGAAAGGAGUCUCCUCCACCCGCCGCCGGAAGUCCGCUUCAACAGUUGGAGAAACUGUCGUUGACCAGCACGUCCACCAUCAAGUCGAAAUUCCCUCUAAGAAACGGGAUCAUUGCUUUGGAUCCGUCUCUUCGGGUGCAGAAUUCGGACGUGACCAACGAGGAGGAGAAAUUGAAAAGAUCGCAUUCGCUUCCGCAGGACACCGAACAAACGAACAAACUUAACAGUCACAGAUUCUCUAUAACUCGAGUCACGACGUAUAAAGGAGAGACCAUCAACGGUUCCUCUCGUGGCUUCAACGGGAAUUCGGAGGGAGGUCCGUCGGAGAGCGCCAACAACGCCAUCAACGAGAAGAAGCGCGACAAGAGAAUAGAAAAUUACCAGAGAUCUUUGAGCGACGUCAAUCACAGGUUCCGAGUAAAGAAGACCAUAAACUUCGAGGAUUUGGGCGCCAGUCCUUCGUCGUCGUCUCAGGGAAGCGAAGACGAAUCCGAAAAAGAGAACGUCACGAAAAAGAGGAUCACCUUUCUUCUUCCGGAACCCAUGGAAUCGUCGGGUAUCUGCAUGGAUAGGCGAAUGAGUACACCCGCUCUGCCCAUGGCACCCAAAAAAAUCCAGAGACCCAGCGCCCUCAAUCUCAAACUGGGAAGACAGUUGGAAAGCUUAGAUUUGCGAAGCUCCGUUCCACUCUCGCCCACUAGAUUAUUGGAAGGAUUCGAAUUUCCUUUGCCGACGGUGGAGAUAAAGCUGUCGUCUGAGAGCGAGAACGGAACGAGCAACAGGCAAUUGUGAAGGAGCAAGUGUCAGCCCUGUAUAGUCGAUUCCCAUCCAGUUAAGUUGUGAAUAUCGAAUCAAUAUUGGUAACAAAACGUCGUUAUUCGUGCGAACCAAAUAUUUUAUUGUGUACAGUUAUCUAACGUCUUGUGUUAUAUCUGUUGUAAUAUAUAUAUUAUAUAUAUACAUAUAAUAGUUUUAAUUAGAGUCGUAGGCAGGGUUUGUCAGGCACGACGAACGAGUGUCGCCCCGGGUUACACUUUCUCAUAGUCGAGUGAGAGAGAGAGAGAGAGAGAGAAUGAACGAAGAGUGUUCCUUUAAUAAUUAUAUUUUUCUAUGCAAUAACCUUUAUUUAAACCCUCCCCAUUAAUUUCCAUUAAGGAUUAACAAUACUUAAAUCUAAACAUUUUAAAUUAUUUAAGAACUAGUAGCGGGUUACUGGUCCACGGUAACUUUCUUUUUCCUUUCUUGAAGCAUUGGUUAAUAAUAGUGAAUUCUUCUCUCUCUUCCGGGUUCGAUAUUCUUUUUUAUACUUUUAACAGACUUCAUGUAUUUAAAAGAAUGUUUUCUUGUACAGAAUUGGCGACGGCGACUAAAUGGCUACAUUCGAUUAUCCCUUCGAAAUAUUCGUCGAGGCGCGAAACCGCGUAAUUAUUACGAAAGAAAAAUUAAUUUUUUAAUUCUUUUUUAUAUUUAUGUGUAUUCUACCGAGGCUCAACGUUUAUGGUUCGUAAGAAAAACACACAGAAUAGGAAUAGGAGGAGGAAGAGGCAAACUGUACUUUGAUAAUUUUGGAAAUUUAAAAUCUUUACUGGUAAAAAAACAGAAGAAAGCCUUAUUAUAACGAGAUUUAUAUUCGUUUUUUUCUAUUCUUGCGUUUGUUCGAGGUGUAUCUUGGCUACCGAGUCCCCGAUAUAACGUAUUAUCAAAGCUACGAAAUAAACGAGACUCGUCGAUUUUCAUUUUUCUAAACUUACUUUCUAAGUUACUGCUACAAGAGAAAGGGUUUUUCUAGGAGUAGAGCCGCCGUCGCCGAUUAAUUAAUUAAGUACUGGCAAUGGUACACGUUAAAAUUGCGAUGGUUGUAUCCGGAGCAGGAUGCAAUAUUUUCCUUAAACGGAGACCUGAAAUUACUUAUCGUAAGAUUCAAAAAUAUUUCUUAACGACGGAGUUUUUUCGAGUAGUCGUUAUAGAGUCCACCCUGAAGUGUUUGUUCUAUCUUCUAUCGAAAUUUUGACGUCAGAAAUCCAAAAAAAAAAAAAAAUACACGCGAUUUUAAUCGUUCUUUAAACGUAUUCGUAACAAAAACGUACAAACCAGUUCGAUUUCUUGAUGGAUACGAAUAGAUUUCUUAUAAUAUUUCUAGAUUUAAGAAUAAUUCUCUAAGAAUCUGCCCAGUUUUUCCAUUAACGAAAGAAACCUUUAGAAAAAUAAGGAAUAAAAAGUGGUACGGUAGGGAUUAAUCCCUACCGUAUCAUCGAUUUAGAAUUUUCGAAAAAAGGGAACCGACAGUCGAUUGCGUGGUUAUUUACAGUUGGGAAGACGAAAGAUAUUUGUAUAAAUUUACACGGAACGUUAUAAACGGGUUAACGUAACGAUUUCCGAAAUUCUUAAGCCCGGGUUGGUUUGGCAGAUUUCGCGAUUUUAACCCUUUUUAUCCCUCUUUCGAACUUAACUUUUUACUUCCCACUUCAAAAACUUAUUAAAGAAGAAUUUAUUAAAUGUGGAAUACGUAAUUAGCUAUGCAAAUAAACGGGUGAUCAUUUAGAACACGCGACAAUUCGAUUUCUUCCUCGUCCCCCCCCGGAAAUAAUUCGAAAUUCUAUACAAAUCGAGGGAAUUUUUAAGCCGAAUAAUAAAAACGAAUAUCGAUAUAAAAAUAUUGGUGAAGAGAAGUGGCACGAGGGAGGAAGGAUAUGACCCGAUUUUUGGCGGGUCUUUCUUUUCCUCAUCGCCAGCGAAUUUUAAGAGGACGAGAGUGGUAGAUCGUCGGCCGACCUCCCUUAGUUUUCCUUUCGUUUCCAUCGAUGUACGUAAAAUAUUCGUGGAAAAAACAAAAAAAAAAAAAAACUAUUUUGAAUAGUUAAGGAAGUGUCGCCGUUUCUUCUACGUCACGUAUAUUUUCAAAUACAUUUUUAAAAAAUAUCCUAAAAUAUAAUAUCAAAAUGUCGAGCGAGUGAAAUCUCUUCAAAUUGAAAUCAAAAAAAUGUCUAUCGGACAAGAAUUUUUUGCUGCCAUCCAUUGAUUUUUUUCGAUUCGUUUGCCUCGGAAUUUUAUUCUUCUGUUACGUGUAAUUAACACGGAAAAUUCCCGCACCCUACAAAAACUACAAGCUUAAAUCGAGAUACCCCGGUCUUAACGUCGUUUUUAACUAUUAUAAAAUAAUAGUUAAUAAUGAUUCAGUCUUUUUAUUACGUUAAAAUCAUUCCUGUUCGUAAAUAUCUUUUGUUAAACCAUAAAUACUCGCGGUUAAACACUUGCCAAAUCUCCAGUUUCCGAUCGAUAAAGAUCAAUAUUGGCAGCAAAAAAUCGGGAGGAAUAAAUAAAAAAACUGGUCCGAUAAACUUAGCGUAAUUUUUAUUUUCGUAGAAAUUCUAUUUUUCUCAUUGUACAAACAUCGAUUAAAAAAAAAAUUAUAUAUAUAAAUAUUAUUUUUAUUUAUGAGAAAGUAAUCUAAAGAUUUGUUAAAACAAGGGCUCGAAAGGGCUCUUGUAAAUACUUAGUGAUAAUUCUGUUAUUGUUAAUGUUUCAUAUAUUCUAUUGAAAUGUAUAUCGAUUUUGACGUACGUCAGAAAGCAACCAAAUAAAAAAAAUAUAAAGAAUUUUAUGUAAAUUGAAUAAAGAAAGGUGCUCAGAAAUAUUUUUCAAAACUUAUAUCGAGUUCUAAAAAUAAAGAAAUGAAAAAUUGUACAUACUUUUGAUGUCGGAAUGAUAUUUGCUUGUGAAAUAAAGUUACGUUUAAAAUAGA